AUGCACUCAUUGUCUCACCAUAAAUCCGGUUUUCUCCCUUGGACUUUGUUACAGUCGCUCUUGCGAUCUUUACCCCAGCUCGGGCGGAGAUGGAAACCGCUAAAUUUCUCCAACCCGAACUACCUUCGGAUACCGGGGCCGCACAAGAUUGAGGAGGAGACCCUCCCAGAUCAUGCGACCUCACAAUAUUAUCCGACUCAAAUGGGCGAGAUAAUCAAGGAGCGAUAUCAAGUCAUCGGGAAAUCGGGUGACCGUCGAGAUGUGAUGCUCAAAAUCUUCAUCCAAGCGUCGUCCAUGGGCCAGCAAGUUGUUAACGAGCUUAACUUGUACCGGCAUAUGGAGCACACGGCAACCGCCAUCCUGCACCAAUGUCUUGUGCACCCUCCCCUGUGGGAGAGCGUCUUGGCCUUUCUUCGUCGCAACCCAGUAGAGAGGCUACCUUCGGCGGUCAUCGCAGUCGUUCUCCAUCGCCUCUUCUUAGCAUUGGACUACCUUCACACGGACUGCAACAUCGCACAUAUUGAUAUCAAAGCUGAUAAUAUCAUGUUCGGGAUCGAAGAUGAUUCAGUCUUUACGGACUUCGAGAUCCGUGAACUUGAACGGUCCGUGCCGAGGAAGGAGGCAAACGCAGAUGGCAGAACGAUCUACAUGUCCCAGGAGCUCAAAGUACCCAAACAAGUAGAUCGUCCAGUACUUUGUGAUUUCGGAUCCGCUAUGCUCGGUGAAUGCCACUCGGCCUUUGUUCAACCGAAGAUCUAUCGCGCGCCAGAGGUAAUCUUUGGAGCCCCCUGGACGUUCAGUGCUGAUAUUUGGAAUGUCGGAUGCAUGGGUUGGGAUAUUUACGAUGGCGGUUCUCUGUUUACUGGCCAGGACCCCGACUCCGAGAGCCUUCUCACCCAAGGGGAGCUCAAAGCCAAAUUCUUUUCCAACGAAGGUAAGCACAAGAUUGAUAUGUGUAGGAUCUGUGAUUUUCUCGCUCCGGAUUUAUUGACAUAG